AUGAAGUAUAACCCCAGAGUCUCCUCUAGCAGGCGCAAGAACCGGAAGGCCCACUUCACGGCACCGUCCUCUGUACGCAGGAUCUUAAUGAGCGCCCCGCUCUCCACCGAUCUCCGCCAGAAGUACAACGUCCGAUCCAUGCCAGUCCGCAAGGACGAUGAAGUCCAGGUUGUUCGUGGGACCUACAAAGGACGCGAGGGCAAGGUGGUUCAAGUUUAUCGCAGAAAGUGGGUCAUCCACAUCGAGAGGAUUACACGCGAGAAGGUAAACGGGUCGACAGUUAAUGUCGGCAUCAACCCAUCGAAGGUCGUUGUUACAAAGUUGAGGCUUGAUAAGGAUAGGAAGUCUUUGUUGGAUCGCAAGGCAAAGGGUCGCGCUGUUGGAGAGAAAGAGAAGGGCACUAAGUUCACUGCUGAAGAUAUCAUGCAGAGUAGGGAAAUUGGGCAAUGUGUUUUUGUGGAUUCUGUAGAUUUGAAAGCUGAGAGAGAAGUAGUCAAUGCAGCAAAAAGAGCAGAGAGAAAGCUUCAUCUGAGUUAUAAACCUUAUGCACUUGGCACGAAGAGGACAAUUCCAGAGAAGAACAAGGCAAGUGAAGGAUCACCAUGGGAGUUUGUGGGUCUCUUGCCUCUUUUCGACCCUCCAAGGCAUGAUAGUGCUGAGACUAUCUGCCGAGCCCUUGGCCUUGGUGUCAAUGUUAAGAUGAUCACUGGAUACCUUUCCUUCUCCUUGGCCUCCUCCUCCCUCUUCCUCUUGUCCUUCUCUUCUCAUGGAUAUGAUUUCACUGGGCUACGGGGCUCAUUUAGUCACAGCCCGGAAUGCGGCAACUAUAACGUAGUUUGCAGAAGCAAACAAUUUCAAGAUGACACAAAAAGUAAAAUUCCAAAUGGUACUACAAACUGCAAUAAUCACACCGAAUCAAGCAAAGAACUGGUCCUAAGGGCUAAUAAAGGUGAGCCAUCAGGGUCGUGUCAGGAACAAGAGAAAUCUGGCGUAAGUUCUCAGUGCACUUCUAGCAGCAUUCCACAAGAACCAGAAUCAAAACCAAAGCCUAGGAUCCUUCUAGUGGAAGAUAACAAGAUCAAUGUAAUGGUGACGAAAUCAAUGAUGAAGCAGUUAGGCCAUACCACGGAUGUCGUGAACAACGGAGCUGAAGCUGUGCGUGCAGUUCAGUCCUGUUUUUACGAUCUCAUUUUGAUGGACGUCAGCAUGCUGGUUAUGAACGGCCUUCAAGCUACACAAUUGAUUCGUUCUUUUGAAGAAACUGGCAAUUGGGAUGCUGCUAUUACAGCUGGAAUAGAGCCAUGUGCACCAUCCUCAGCUUCAUUACAAGAUGGCCAGAUUUCUGUUCAUUAUGAUAAGCGGAUUACUAUAAUUGCGGGGAGCACUUCACUCUUAAUAGCCCUUAAAAGUUUGAUACCCAUUUGGUCUCCUGAUUCACUU